AAAAGAGAGAAGCGCUUGAGACUAAAAAGUCGGUGAAAUUUGUAGAAGAGCACACAGAAAUCCCACAGACUGUUUCAGAAGUCACAGAAAGCUUUACUACAUCUGGUGAGAGCAAACCAUCCAAGGAGAAGUCCAAGAAGCAAAAGCCGAAAAAGGAAAAACCAGAGAAAGUUGAAACAGUAGCUGCUGUUGAAGAAACGAAGCCGGAUAAGCCAACAGUUGUUGAGCAUGCGGCUACACCUGCAGUUACGCCAUUAAUGGCAUGGUCUACUAUCGUUAGUCAAAAUGUUGUAGAAGUUCCAAUAACAAGUAUACACGAACUAACGGAAAUAGUUGAAAGCAGAAAAGAACCGACGAAGAGUCUUGACCAAGAUGUCAUACCAAUUCCAGAAGUAAAAUCGCUAGAUGAUGCAGCUAGUGAGGACACAAUACAUACAUUCAUCGGACAUGAAAAGCAGCAUACCGAAAAGUCUGACGGAAAACCAAGAAAAGAAAAGAUUAAGAAACAAAUUGCCGAUCUGGAUGAAAAACCAGCUGAACCAGUUGGAGGAACUAUAAAAUCAGAUGAGACUUCGGCUGAAGUAUCCCUCUCCUGGUCAGCCAUAGUUAGCCAGGAACAAGAAGAGGAAGUUGUGCGUCCAGUAAUAACUGAGACUGUAAGAGACACUAUUUAUGAUGCCGCGAUUGCGAUAGAAGAGAAAGAACAUUAUCCAGAAAGCGUCGCAUUGAUUGAAACCGAAGUGACUAUUCCUAAACAGCAGGAAGUCAAUGAACUACCUGAAACCGUGCGGCCUAAAGAACGAAAAGAAAAGCCAAAGAAGCAAAAGCAGAAGAAAGAAAAGUCCAAUGUCGUAGAAGAGGAGCAACAAGCAACGCAACCUACUAAGGAACAUGUUUCCGAACCAAGUCCAGAACCGGAGACUUUAAUUCACGAAGAGACAGUAGCUCCUGCCGCACCACCUUCAGUUUGGUCUAGGUCCGAAACAUACGCCGAAGUGGUAAGAAAAUCUGGUUUGGUCGAUAAUACUAAUAUACGCUAUCAAGAGCUUGAAAGUGAGCCAACUACUUCGCGAAUCUUUGCGCCUGAAGCAGAGGCAUCAAUGCCCUAUGAAUUGGAAGUUCCGGAAUCUACCGAAGAACUUGUGGAGUUCGAGCAAAUGCAAUCGGAACCCAUUGUUGAGACACACCCAGUACAGCUAGCGCCAACAAUGGAAGCUUCUAGAGCAGAAGCCGUAAACGAACCUGAACCUGAAGUACCUAAGGCGCCAACUGCAGCUGAAACAGAGCUAGAAGAUGCGCAAUGUGUCACUGAGACAGUUGAAAUGUCAUGGAAAGAUAUGAUUGAAAGUGAAGAGAUUGAGCCAACGCCAGAACCAGAACCGAAGCCGGAAACUUCAUCAUGGGCAUCGGAAAUGACAUGGAAGGAAAUAAUGAAGGACGAAAACAAACAUUCUACUGAACCAGGCACUUCAUCCUGGGCGUCUAUCGUUAGAAGUUUCGCGCCGCAGGAGCCACAACAAAAGAUAUUCGUAACACAUGAAACCAGCGAUGUUGUGAGUACCAGUGCGCCAGCGAGACCAUCACGCACUAUAGACCGUCCAGCCAUUAAAGUUACCGAAGCUCCCACAAUUACUGAGGAAGCGCCACCAACAACAGACAGCGAAGGCUUCCUUGAGUGUGUAUCUAAGAAAGAAAAACGACGCAGACGAUCACGUUCGCGCUCACAGCAGUCAGUUCAAGAAGAUAUUCCUGCUCACCAUCAAAAACCUGAGAAAACCAAGAAGAACAAGCAUGGCAAACAGGCAAAUCGCGAUCGCAGUAAAGAUGUGCCAAAAGAAAGAGCCGAAGUUGUAAAGAAAGAAGAACCACCGCAACUAUCUGAAGAGUUAGAAAACAUCGUUGUAGAGCAAACCGUAGUAGUAGAGCCACAAAGAGCAACUACACCACUAACGACCGGUUUAUCAUGGGCGGCUAUUGCAGCGCAAAAUGUGCCUGAGCCCGUCCAGCACAUACGACCACUUUACGAAGAAAGUACAGCCAAGCCAACAGAAGCUGUGCCAGAAAGUGUUGUUGACGAAAGCGUAAAGGUACGCACUACUAUAGCGUUGGAACCCGAAAAGAAGGAGAAAACCAAAAAACCCAAGAAGAAAAAUAAGAAAAAACAUGCGGAUGAAGCUGAACUGGAAGAAUUGCAUGAAGUACCAACUGAAAGCUCAGCGCUUAUAACUGAGACUACUCCUACUGCAACUACGACCUCCGACGCCUUUAUCAGUCAGACCUCAUAUUGGUCUGCCAAGUUGAAACCACAAUUAAAGGUUUCAGUAACAGAAAAUGAGACAAAGCCCGUAGAAGAGUUACCGGAGACAGACGACACUUCGCAAAUACCAGAGCCUGCGGAGGAAGUUACUGUGCAAUCGCCGACAGAUCAACCCACAACAUGGUCUGCACUCAUACAAACUGAGACAACAGUAUUUCCAGCGCCGAUUGUGAAUGUACGCCAGUCCGAAGAUAAGGUGCCUUGGACAACAUUGGUAGUGAGUCAGACUGCCGACUUCCAGACGCCCAAGCGACAAGAAGUUGUCGACGCCACUACCGAUUUCCUGGUUAAUGAACGCGUGUCUACAGAGAAACAUCCACCAGUGCAAGUGACAGGAAGCUCAUACGCAGAUGUUGUGAAAACUGAAGAGCUACCAGCUCAGGUAACCACAACUGUUCCAGAGCCUUCAACGGCUGUACAGAGUGUGGUUGAAACAACAACAACCACUAUUAAGACUACUAGUACGGAAAAUGUACCGCAGGUGGAGGUUUCGAAUGAAUUUGUCGUUGAAGAAGUGGAAGAGCCGACAGCUGUUGAAGCGCAAGAACCGAAAGAGAAGCCAACCAAAGAAAUCGAUGUGAUUGAAACAGUCACAGUUGAUAUCACAGAAGGUGAAAAGGUGGGUGUGCUUGAAGCAGGUACGGAGCUUGUGAAACCUGAAGCUCAACCUGAAUUAGUCAAAGAAACUUCUCAAUCUCAGCCAGAUUCAACUGAAGUUUUCGUCGCGGCUCCAGCUGCGCCAACAGCACUCGCUCUCACAAAAGAUUUCUUGGCUACUGAAAAGUCAUUACAAGAAAAAUCAACGGUGUUGGUAAAUGAGUCUGAGCUAAAGGACGUAGUGGUAGAAGCUGAGCCAGUUAAAGAACCUCUGCCAACUAAGGAACACGAACUUACCGCAGAACCUCAGCAAGUUGUAGAGAAACCAAUCAACACCACCGUGGUGGCCGAAACAACUGUCGUCAAAAAUACAGAAAUUGAUCUAAAUUAUACCGGAGAGCCUACAGAUACUAAAGAAGUUGAAGCUCCACAAACUGCUACGGAGGCCGAAGAGCAUAAACCACAGCCGCAACCUAUAACUGAACAGUUUUCAAAGGUUGUCGAAGUGGUGGAAACUGUUACCUUCGAACCUACAAUACCCGAUGCAGUGAUAGCAGAACUGGAAACCGUUGAGGUGCCUGGUGAAGAAAAAUCACCUCCCGCCCCAUCCGCACCUUCAGCGCUUGAUCUCACGAAAGACUUCCUUGCUACAGAAAAAUCUCAACAAGAAGCAAAGAUUUCUAUAGUGGUGGCGACACCUGAAAAAGUGGUCGAAGAGCCCGAAAUUGUCGAAGUACCAGAGGCGGUUAAAGAACCAGAAGUUGUCGAAGCUUCUGAGCCUGCUAAGGAUCUCGAUGUAGUCAAAAAGCUUGAGCCACAGCCUCAGCCUACAACUGAAGGCUUUUCAAUGGUUGUCGAAGUGGUGGAAACUAUUACCGUCGAACCCACAAUACCCGAUGCAGAGAUAGGUGAACUGGAACCCGCUGGAGUGCUUGGCGAAGAAACAUUACUUCCCGCGCCAUCCGCACCUUCAGCGCUUGAUCUCACGAAAGACUUCCUUGCUACAGAA